UUUCGCCCUGAAAACUGCCAAUACACUAGUUACAGGCGCCAAACGGAGUUUUGACCCAAACGAUUCCUCCCAAACGACAACAUCCACUGGUUGGAAAACGUAAUCUUUUACACACUCCAUGAUGAACGUCAUAGCCUCAGUGAUUCUAGUUUGUGUGGCGGUUGUCUGGGUCAUCCCAGUGGCAGAGAGUUCUUGUGACUUGACUGCCUGCACGCCACCUCCCACAACCAUGAACAGCACAUCAAAUGACACCAGUGCUUUCUGUUUGCAGCAGAACACCUACCUGAGCUGUCUGAGGGAAGAAGGAUCAUCAUGUGACACCUUUCAAAAACUUAUCUUUGAUGCUGCGAUCGGAGCUGCGACAACUAUAAUUAGUCGUAUCUCGGGUUGUGAAAUUACAAGCGGUGCCCCGAUGACCGUCUACUCCAUGCUGCUGUGCCUGGUGUGUGUGACAUUCUCACUGCUGUGGCGCUGACACAACACAGACUUAAAGGGGCACUGAUCUAACGCAAUUCCCCGGGACUGGUUGUUGCCUUUGUUAUUGUUUUUUCCCAGUGAGUACUCGGAUGUAUAGCAGAAAUCUAGACUAGUUCGCGACCUCUGCUGCCCCAUUCGUAAGCGCAUUAGUCACUUUUAUGGGUAGUAAUAAGGGCGUAUGGUCACAUUGAUCAACAAAAUGAAAUACAGUUUUCGAGAUAAUAAGGAAAUGUAGGUUUGUUUGCGGGUAGCAUCGGUAAUGGUGACGAAAUUUUGAUAAGUCACUUGCUUGGUAAUUUUGCGAUUUUCGUUUACACUAUUUUGACUUGCAACACAAAGUAAAUAUUUCACCUGAGCAUUGCUUUUUUUUAUAGUGUGUAUAUUUUUUUACUGUCAAAAUGUGUAACAUUUUCAAAUUUAUUAAACGCCUAAAUAUUCAGUUAUUUUACAAAGUGGCUGAAAAACAUUUCCAUCUGUAUUAUUAUGAUAACGAAUUCCAAACAU